GUAAAGUCGUCGUCGAGCGAGAAUGCGGCCCUGUUUUUUAGAGUGGCAUCAAUCCGGACGCUUCGCGUCGCGUCGGGCCAUCCUUGUCCCCUCUCGAAUUUUAUCCUCGUUGGAGCGUGCGCAACGUUCGGGCGUUGGGUGUGCGACUGAAAGAGAAAAAGAGAGAGAGAGAGAGAGAGAGUGUGUGUGAGUGAGAUCGCUCGUGACAUAAUAGCUCCGUUAUUUCCCCCGUGCGAGAGGAUUUAGUCCGCACGCAGAGUGUGGCGAUCCAAGAAGGAGGAGAGCGAGCGUGAGAGGGGGAAGUUGCAGAAACCCAGCUGUUCUCUCGCAGAGUCUUCGCGGGACUUUUGCCGGUGUGUGCGGGGAGAGAGAUCCGAUAUCAUUCUCCUUCCUUUACUCACGACUUACGCGAUAAACUUCAAGAGGAAACAUGGCUUGAUUGAGAGGGAUGUAAAAGCUCGCUGUCAUCGUGGCAAAAAAAAUUGUAUUAAAAAUCUGGAUCCCUGUCCUCCUCGUUCUCAUUUGCAGAAAAGCUGCAAAAGAUGCCUGGACCAUCGACACAAGAGAGACCUCGUGCUCAUCGACUCACAGACAUCGAGUCUCAGACAGCUAAGGGUUUGGGUGGUAAUCGAACGGACGAUUUCAGCACACCUGUUAGUUCUGGCAGCAAUAUGAGUAGUAUCGCGCGCUUCCCGAAACUCGACGAGUGCGCUCAUUUUCAUUACGAGCAUGUUGAACUCAGUACUUUAGAGGUAUCUAUCAACGAAGGAUCUAACAACGAUUCAGAAAGCUACGCCGUUCGAAUAACAUCUGGAGAUGCGUGUUGGACGCUACAGAGAUCCUACGAUAACUUUGUCAUGUUUGACAAGCAAUUACAUCGUUGUAUAUUCGACAGAAAAUUCUCUUCUUUAACGAAGCUUCCAGAUGUUCGGCCAAAAAAUACCUGUGAUAUACUAAAGGAUUACUUGAACCGAUUCUCACAAUUGAAUCAUGAGGGUUUAAACUGUGGUCCAGUGCUGAAUUGGUUACAACUCGAUAAUCGUGGAAGAAGAAUCCUGGUGCCAGAGUCGGAUUCCUGCCCUAUAAAUACUCCGGCCGUUGCCGCGGCAUACGCCGUGAGGCCUUACACCGCUCAGGCACAAGAUGAGAUUUCCUUUCAGGUAGGCGACAUGAUAUCAGUAAUAGACAUGCCUCCGGCGGGAGAAAGUACGUGGUGGCGCGGGAAGCAUGGGUUCGCGGUUGGAUUUUUUCCAGCCGAGUGUGUUGCCGUGAUCGGUGAUAAGGUACCGCGUCACCUAACAGUUUCGACGACAGUCAGAUCGAGAUUACCGGUAAAGCCUGUGUUACGAAAACAUGGCAAACUGAUCGCCUUCUUCAGAUCUUUCAUAUUGAAUCGACCAUCGAGGAGAAGAUUGAAACAAUCGGGCAUACUGCGGGAGCGCGUAUUCGGUUGUGACUUGGGAGAACAUUUGUUAAACUCUGGUCAAGAUGUGCCUACUGUGCUGAUGUGCUGCGCGGAAUUUAUAGAGAAACAUGGUCUGGUCGAUGGUAUAUAUCGUCUUAGCGGCGUAACGUCCAACAUUCAAAAAUUGCGGAACGCCUUCGACGAAGAUCGGGUUCCGGCCUUGCAUUCCGACGAGAGUAUUCUGCAAGAUAUCCAUUCGGUAGCGUCGCUGUUAAAGAUGUACUUCAGAGAGCUGCCGAAUCCGUUAUGCACGUAUCAGCUUUAUUCCACUUUUGUUAGCGCGGUUCAAGCUAGCAGCGAUGCUGAAAGAUUAAGACGUAUGAGAGAUGCGGUUAGAAAGUUACCACCACCUCAUUACAGGACACUGGAAUAUCUGAUGCGUCAUCUGGUAAGGGUGGCUGCGCGUGGCACAGAAACAGGUAUGACCCCGCGCAAUGUGGCUAUUGUGUGGGCGCCGAAUCUCUUGAGAUGCAAAGAACUGGAAGUGGGUGGCGUAGCGGCACUUCAGGGUGUCGGUGUUCAGGCGGUCGUGACGGAAUUUCUAGUCUGCUACGCAGAGCUCAUAUUCGGGGAUGGUCCUGUUGGCAGACCAAAGUCAUUAGCGAUCACCACAUCCACACGAUUGCUUACUCUGGAGGAGGCGCGCAAUAGAAGCCUCAGAGGUGAACCUGAUUAUAUAGAAGUAGGAGCAGGUCCAGCUGGCUUACCGUUGCGUUAUCACACGGUCAUAGAGUUGCCUCGCAAAAGGAACGGCUCGAAACGAUCACCUUCGCUAAAUUGGAGAGCGUUAUUCGGCAGAGGAGCUGUGGGGAAAACGAGACAGAUCGGUACGCCACCGCAAGCGGAAACAGUGCCAAGUUCCUUAAACUCCCUGCGACGAUUGAGACCAGUCAAGAGCGCCGAUAGCUUGGACGGCGAGGACAGUUUGGGUCCUCUUUUAGGAGGACCGCCUCCUACCAGAACCUGUGGUCACAGUCGAUCUGUUUCGCAUGACUCGUAUUUUGAUCAUUUGGCGGACGCGCCCAAUGUAUCCUCGCCAUUAGAUCUCUCAGAGAUACAACUUAAUUUUGAUUUAGAAGAGCGAGAAAUGAGAAUGCUUUCGGAAGAAGAAGGUGGUGGAGUGGCGUCGGUGGAGGCUUCGCCACGUCGACAAAGAAAUGAAAGUAAUCAAUGCGCCGCCGUCACCGGUGGAUCCAAAAGAAAACGAUCUCGUUUAGAAGAAAGACUACACUGUGAUGUUGAGCUGCGUUUUAUAGAUAGCCAAAGUCCCGAUCAGGUUAUGGUAGCAACGAACGCGGAUAUACACAGUAUCGAUACACCAUCUCCGUUACCAACGCCAGGUUAUUUACCAUUACUAUCGGAAGCCUCUACACCGUUAACGCCCGCUACGUUGCAAGGCACAUCUCACUCUACGUCACCAAUAGCCAAUAGUCCCAGAAUAAGUUUCCGAAGUUUCACUCUGCCGCUAGAGAUCGGCGAUGAGCGUGAUGGGAGUAGCACGAAUAAGUUGAAGGAAGCUAGCGUGUCAUCUUCAGAAAAACUAUCGGACUCUAGCCACAGAUUAUCGAUAAACUUAGAAGACCGGGAUAGGGAAUUAAGAUCAUGCGAGAGAACUAUGACGACUUGUGACGAGCGCGUAGAAUUGCGUGAUAGAAACGUAACCAUGUCACUUUCAGAUGUUGAAAAUAAAGCUGCGAAUCAGUCGAGCGCGAUUGCUUCGAUUUUCAACAACACUAUGGAGACGACGCCAUGUAACAGGUUGUCUUCUUUAUGUGAAGAAACGAAAUCUGGCGGAAUUACUGUAUCUCGCAAAGACACGAUAGGUGGAUCGAGCUCGCUUGAUUCCGUAAAAAUCUCGUCCAAGUCAUAUGACGAAAAGGAAAGCGCAGUGAAGGAACGUAAGACUACCGAUUUAUCGGAUAACACUGCCGUUGUAGCAAAUUUGCCGAGGUUGUUGUCCAAUACGACCGAUUUCGAUUCUCCAAUGUCGUGCGAGCAAACUCUCCAGGAAUUGCAAGAAUCUGGAUUUGUAAUAUGUGAUAAUUCCGACAAAGUGUUUAGCAAUACAGAGAAUCCGCGCGUGGCGAGCAACAGUAACGAUUCUGGCGACUGGGUGAUCAUCGGAAGAACAGCGACUGGUUCCGUCGCAACGCCGAUCAGUGAAUUGACUAGUCCCAACGAUCCCUUUUCGGAAGGUGGCGCAAAUCCGACGACGUCUCCGGAAAAUGAUUCCGAAACAUUGUUAGAACUUACCUCAACCACCGAUGUAUUCUGCAUCGGAGUCGACACGAAAUCGGAAAGUCGCAUAUUGACGCAGGAAAGCGACAGGAUGAUACUCGAUGUUACUGUCAUAAAGAAGAAUCAUGGACACGAGCGGGAAGAUUGCGCAAACGAUCCGCAAACGAGUUUCGAUAUCGUAAAUGAAGGUAAUCUCUCGGAGCACUCUCAUUCUCGACUGCGUGAUCGAGAGAACGGUAACCGUUACUCGUGCACGAUGGCAGACUCGAAUCAGGAAUCUAACGCGAGAGAGCGGCAACAGCAGGUUCGCGCGUGUUAUAUUGAAGCUGAUAACGCGAAUGUAUUUGGUACGAAUCAGAACGAUGUGAGCGGUGAAGAAAAGGAGGUGUUCAGAGAGACAGAAACUUUCGAAAAUUACCACCGUCUAUCGAGCACGCAACGUUCCCUGCACGCCAUAAAUCGGCCAAGAUUUUCGGAUAAUUCUGAGGAUGAUCGGAAGAGGAGCACGGUUUCCAUAAUCCAGGGCGAUCGUGAAAAUGAUCACUGUUCAAACGAACUGUCAAACAAGUGCCAAAGUUUUGGAUACAAUAAUACACAAAAACAACAGACUAAUAAUACGCAACAAGUACGUAAAAGCGCUUCCAAACGUAGCGAUGAAAGUCACAAGUGCGUAGCCAGUUUGCAGACUAAUCAAAUGCAAGAUAACAUUGAGAUGAGAAUUCCUUCGGAGAACGCGGCCGAACCCUGCGAGAUCGCACAUGCACCGGAAGGCGCGUCCGAGCUGAUGGAACGGACAUUGAAUGCUUCAAGUACGUCCCCGACCGCCGACGAUACCGUGGUUCUACGAGAUACCGCGGCCAUCUUGCAGGAACUAGCUCUGCAGAGAUUAUCCGGAGGAGCCGCGCUGGGAAAUGCGUCCACGAGAAGAAGAUACGAGAGCGAGACUGCCAAAGAUCGCAGGAGCUUCGAUUCGGAAAUCGGCCGGGAGAUUGUCAGGGAGAGAAGGAUGAGACAGGAAUUAGACUGUGCGAGGGGCAAAUCCGAGGAGUCGUCGCAACAUCUGCCGCCUUGUUUGCGAGCGCGUCACGCGAGAGCGACACGUGCGGCGUUGAGUCGAUCGCUGGACGAGGCCAAGUUUCAUCGGAUGACAGGAGAGAUUCCGACGUUGUCGGUGAAACAAUCGUCCGAGGACGCACAGCAUUGCUCCACGCCUAAUGUCGGCGGCAGCGGCGGUGGCGCGGGCUCGGGCGCCUCGGAAAAAAUUCAACUGAAAAAUCUCGGCGGUUUGGAUCUGGGCGAUCCGCAAUGCAGAGAGAGAAUCGAAAAGUACAAAGAGGAAAGGAGGAUGUUCUUGAGGGACAAGUAUCGAUCGGAGAGCUUUCGCGGAAUUUCGCCCAAGGCGACGGAGGAUGACGGCGAGCAAGCAUUGUUAACCAGGUUGAAACAGAGAGCUUCGAGACCUUCCCUUCAUUGAUAAAAUUCUUUAUUCUUGCUCUCUAAAGUAGUAGUAUAAAUAAGUUCCAGAGCAAAAAAGGUAAUGUGUGAAGAAUGCAAUAUUUAUUAUCUAUCUGCAUUUUAGAAGAGCAUAAAUUAUAUAGAGAACGGCUAUGGAAUUACUCGACUAUGUGUGCGAUCAAAUUUUAUAAUUUUCUCUUAAUUAUUGCAUUAUUGUUUUUUAAAGCAGCGAAUAUAUAAGGCAACUAACUAGAACGGAACAUCGAACAAAUAUAUAUCUAAAUGAUAAUAUAAUAGAGAUAAUUUCGCUAUCUUAAAAAUUCCAUAACUCGUAUAUUUUUAUUGAAUUUAUAUCUAAUGUGUAAGAUUCAUGCUAAAAACUUAUUUGUACUACUCACGAAUGCGAAUUCUGCUGCAUUCGUCGACGAAUGUUAUUCCUGCUUUUGUUGCGAGCUAAUUGAAUCGCUUUCACUUGAAUCUCAUCGGUGCCGCUGCAAAUGAUAUCGGCAGCAAAUUAUGACGAGAAUGAUGAAACAUAAGUUACUUGAGAAUCUUUAACUCGUCUUCGCCAUUGUUAGCUGAAUUGUAUGGACGCUUUUAAAGCUGAUAAUUUAUUACAAACUCAAAGAUAUUUACCUUUAUUAUUGUUAAAAGUAUUAAUAACGAUUCUCUGUAAUUAUUAUUAUUAUUAUUAUUAUUAUUAUUAUUCUCUUUGAUUUUUUUUAAUAUUUACUUCUAUUCUUUGUACUGUUAUGCUAGAGAGAACGUAUAAUUGGAUUGCUUAUUGUAUGUACCAGAAUCAACAAUUUUGUGUGGGUUCUGAUGACGUCAAUAUGCGAAAUGUUAAAUUCACCUGUUGCUCUCAUGCAUUGCAGAUAGUAAAGAACAUUUUAGUAAAGAGUAUUUUUUUAUAGAAAAAAUAGAAACGUAUAUGUUUCUUAGAAUCUCUAAUUUUUUUUUUUGUUUUUGUUUUUGUUUUUAAGUUUCUGUAUAAACCACGUAAAAUCUGGUUCACGUUAUCUAUUUCAUAUAGCUUACGAAAUAGUUGCGUUAUUCUAUGUGAGAAUAAUUGUUGACGGAAAAAUUCGUGCAUUGAAAAUCUCUGGUACAUACAUGAAGUUUGAAUAGUUCCGAACGGAUUUACGCGCUUACGACGCUUAUAAUUAGAACGUUUUUUGAUUCGCGCGUCAAUGUUAUAUCCUAAUUAUGGACUGGUCCAUAAUGAUACUUUUUUUUUUGAAAAUUUGUUAAUAUUUUUUUUCGGUUAAUUAAUAUGUACAACAUAUUUGUAUAACAAAAGCGCGCUUAUUGAAAGGCUUGCUUAAAAUCAAGAUUACUAUCGAGAAUAAGCAAUUUUCUUAAAAAUAAGUGCUUAUCCUAGAGAGAGCGUAUCGUACGCCGUUGUAUGUGGCCUCGCGUUUUAUUAUUAUUAUUAUUAUUAUUAUUAUUAUUAUUAUUAUUACUAUUAUUAUCAUUAUUAUUAUUAUCAUUAAGUUUCAAUCACUAAGCAGUAGUUUCUCGUUUAGCUACCUCACCAUUCAUCUCACCGCUAUUAUGGAUGAAAAUGUGACGCCACGCGACGCUCAGUUAUAUUUUACAGCUAUAUUUUUAAUCCAGCGGAUUUAAUUGCCAUCUUUCUCCCAUUUCCCUGAAAAAAGAGAACAAAUAUUUUUUUUUAUCUGCGGAUAUUUUCUUUUUUUUUCCAUAAAGACAAUGCGAAUGCGUUUGUUUAGGCAACGGUUUGUGAAAACCAUUUGACAAGACUGGGGCAACAAUUUUAUCGAAUAUGAUUUCAGCCGUGCUCUAUUGCCGUAGACGUAUUGCGAACAAAACUGCAUAUUCUAAUAUCUGAUCUCCCGCAGAUACUCGUGGCAUUUAUAAUAGAUUAGAGAGACAAGUCGUAAAAUUGUUAUUUCGCGCAAGGAUGUUAAAAUUUUCUUGCGAGCGUAUAAGAGAGGAAAAAAAGCGCCGUUAUAUAUUGUUAAAAUCGUAAUUUACCCGUAUAUAAAACAACGAUGCUCCCGCCGAGAUUUUACUCAAUAUGUACUUUUAAUUAUCAGCAUCGAUGUAUUGCGGCGUUAAUCAGAGGUAUUAAUUAACCGAUUUUAUCUCGAGACACCUUCCUAGCAUCGUACCCUUUUGCAUGUUCGUGUACCUUGGCUUGAAUAUUUCUCGGUCGAAUAGAUCUCGGUCGCGAGAGAUCAAUGCCUGUAAGAACGGUAUGCAAGCACAUAUAUAUAUAUAUAUAUAUAUACGUAGUAGCGCGUAUAUUUCCGACAUUUAAUUAUUAAUGCAUAAAAUUAUAUAUAUAUAUAUAUAUAUAUAUAUAUAUAUAUAUAUAUAUACACACACACUUAGAGAUUUUUCGAUAGCGUCUCUCUCUUCCCUGGAUAUCCUUUAAAGGAUGUAGUUUAAUGGCCUAACUUUCUAUAUAGAGGUAUCGUAGACAACGCCCUUAUACAAAAUAACCCCUUUACAAACGAGGUACCUAACGACGAAGAGAUAUACUUGUGUGCACAAUAUUGAUGGGCAACAAUAAUACAUCCGCGAGCGAUGUGUAUUUUUAAUAAGUUGAGAUUCUUGCGAUUUUUUCGCGAAAUAUAAUCGUAGAGACUCGUUAGGAUCCGUAUUAUUAAUGGCGCGAAAAGGGAGAGAGAAAGAGAGAAAUGAUACGGGAUAUAAACGUUUCAAGCCAUUACAAGUAAAGUUCUCUCUAUAAAAAAAAAAAAAAGAAAAAGAAAAAGAAACCGAUACACAAAGACUAAUUCUGUAAUAUUUAAAGGCUAAUAUAGUAAUCUUGUUUUUGAGUGUAGACGGCUCACGCCUUCUCGCUGGCUGGGCGCAUUUCUGUCCCUUUAGUUAUAAUCGUAAUAAUUGUUUCCGUUAUAUGAAAGACUACACUGUUUGUCGAUUAUAAUUAUAAUAUAUACAAGAGUUGUAAAAAAAAAAACGUAAAAUAAAUAUAAAUGAUGUAAACAUUGAAAAAGAA